UAACGGUACUCGUUGUGAAGAGCAAAACUUGUCGUCGGCCACUUCUCCCGAGCCUGUGCUUAGGACUUCUCCAAAUCAGCUACAGAAUUCAAAUCCAGACCGUAAGAUGCGACAUGGACAAACGCUGAGCUGAAGGUGACGUUGCAGUAGCCUACAUUUGUUCAGACGAUACCACUAUGCAGAACGACAAGUCGGAACCAAGUGAACCCAAGGGCGCCGUGUGUCCGAGCUCAGGCGAGACCGAGAAGAAAGCGUUGGUCCCCGCGGAGACAGAGGCUCCUCAACCCAAAGGGAUCAGUGCGGUCGCGGUGCUCUGGACCUUCGGGAAAUGCCUGGGAGCCAUGCUUCCCGUUUACCUGGCCGGCUACUAUCGGGUCAGCACCAGCCUGCUGGUGUGUGGGAUGAUGGUCUACACUGGAUGGAAACAUGCCCGAGAAGCCAAAGAGGCACGACUGCAAUCAGCCAUUCAAUUUCUCAGCAACGAGGAGGAGUACACAUCCUCUAAAGUGUCCAAGAUCAGACGAGAUCUUCCUGCAUGGGUCAACUUCCCAGAUGUUGAGAAGGUUGAGUGGCUAAAUAAGGUGCUGCAGCAGGUGUGGCCAUUUGUGGGCCAGUACCUUGAGAAGCUGCUUGUGGAGACCAUUGCUCCAUCCAUCCGAGGCUCCAGCACUCACCUCCAGACCCUUAGCUUCACUAAAGUGGACAUGGGAACCAAGGCCAUGAAGGUUGUCGGGAUCAAGGCACACACAGAGAACGAUAAAGGACAAGUCCUGCUAGAUUUGUAUAUAAGCUAUGUUGGCAAUGUAGAGAUCAAUGUCGAGGUGAAGAGGUACUUCUGCAAAGCUGGAGUCAAAGGAAUACAGCUACAUGGGAUGAUGCGCGUGAUCCUGGAGCCUCUGAUUGGAGAUGUGCCCAUAGUGGGAGCAGUCACCAUGUUUUUCAUCCGUCGGCCUAAACUAGACAUCAAUUGGACUGGACUGACUAAUUUGUUGGACGUUCCUGGACUGAAUGUCAUGUCUGACAGCAUGAUUAUGGAUGCCAUCGCGUCCUUCUUGGUUCUGCCAAACCGCCUAGUUGUCCCUCUGGUUGCAGGCCUGCAUGUGGCUCAACUACGCUCCCCUUUGCCCAGGGGAAUGGUACGCAUACAUCUACUCGAGGCACAGAAUCUAGCAGCAGAGGACAGCUAUGUGAAAGGGGUUAUGGCUGGCUUGUCUGACCCCUAUGCCAUAUUGAGGGUUGGCCCCCAGACCUUCACCUCCAAACACGUUGACAACACAGACUCCCCUAAGUGGGAAGAGAUGUAUGAGGUCAUUGUCCAUGAAGUGCCUGGUCAAGAAUUGGAGGUGGAGGUAUAUGACAAAGACCCAGACCAGGAUGAUUUCCUGGGCAGGACCAAAUUGGAUUUGGGCAUUGUGAAAAAAUCCAUAGUUGUUGAUGAUUGGUUCACUUUAAAAGACACAACAUCAGGAAAGGUUCAUUUCCGACUCGAGUGGUUGACUUUACUGCCAAACACAGAUCGACUUGAGCAGGUGAUGAAGAGGAAUGAAAGCAUUAGAAGUAAGGCUGGUGAUCCGCCUUCUUCUGCCAUCUUGGUGGUGUAUCUAGACAAGGCUGAGGCACUUCCUAUGAAAAAGGGAAAUAAAGAGCCCAAUCCCAUGGUUCAGUUGUCUGUGGAGGACGUCACAAGAGAGAGCAGGACUUGUUACACAACUGUUGACCCAGAGUGGGAGGAAGCCUUUACCUUCUUCAUUCACAAUCCUCACAAGCAGAACAUUGACAUUCAGGUGAAGGACGCUGACCGUGUGCAGACAUUGGGCAGUCUAACCAUCCCUUUGUCCCGCCUGCUGUCCAAUUCUAAUCUUUCGCUCGACCAGUGGUUCCAGUUGGACAACUCUGGGUCAGCCAGUCGCAUCUACAUCAACACAAUUCUCAGGGUCCUGUAUUUAGAUGAGGAGCAUAUUCCAUCUGAUGUGUCAUCUAAUCUGGAGGGUGGACUGUAUAAACAGCUGCCCCAACAGACCUCCCCACAUCCUAGCUUUGCCACUGAGGGACUACUCAGAAUUCACCUGUUGGAGGGGCAGAAUCUUGUUCCAAAAGAUAACAUGAUGGGGGGCAUGGUGAAAGGCAAAAGUGACCCCUACGUCAAGAUCAACAUUGGGGGUGAAACAUUCACAAGUCAGGUGAUCAAGAGUAACCUCAACCCCACAUGGAAUGAGAUGUAUGAGGUUAUUCUCACCCAGCUGCCUGGCCAGGAGAUGCAUGUGGAGAUGUUUGAUAAAGACAUGGACAUGAAGGAUGAUUUCAUGGGCAGACUGAAGAUCAAUCUGAAGGACAUCAUUGAUUCUCAGUACACUGACCAGUGGUACACUCUCAGUGAUGUGAAGUCAGGUCGGGUUCACCUGGUGCUGGAAUGGGUUCCAACAUCCUCAGAGUCGGAGAGAGUUGACCAGGUUCUUCAGUUCUAUUCCAGAAAGUCCUACCAAAACAAGGCAGUCCCUUCAGCGGGCCUGCUAUUCCUCUUUGUUGAGCAAGCGGAUGGCUUACCAGUUAAAAAGAGCGGCAAGGAGCCAAAAGUGGGAGCUGAUAUUACUCUUGGAGAAAUGUCCCGUAAAACUACUGUAUGUGAUCGCUCCAAGUCACCUCAGUGGAGUGAAGCCUUUUACUUCUUGGUGCGUGACCCCAGAGAGGAGAUGCUCAUAAUGAAGCUGUCGAGUGCAUGGGAUAAGCCUCUGGGAUCUCUUGUAGUCCCUGUGAGAGAGCUGCUCUCUGAACCCCAGCUCGUCCUGGAUCAGUGGAUGCCUCUCGAUGGAGCUUUACCUGAGAGUGAGAUCCUUCUGAGGGCUGAACUCAAGAUCCUCAGCUCAAGGAUGAAUGAAGCGCCACAGCCCUCUGUGGCUGGUUCAGAGAAAGAAGAGACGCUCGUUUCAACCGAACAGACAUUUGAAGCAGCCAGUGAGGACAAGAAAAGCUCUGAGCUGCCAGCAGACGAAGCUGUUUGUGCACCUAGCCAGUUCAAACACUUUGAAGCAGUAACAGCAGAAGAAGAAGAAGAAGAAGAAGAUGCUCCUCCUGCUGAACCUGCAGACAUUCACAGCACUUCUGAUACAUUCCCUGUUGCCAUAGUCGAGGAACCAGCUGAUAUAGAGGAGCCUUCCUCUCAUUCAGACAUAGCAGCUAAAGGAGACUUUGAACCGCAGAAAAUACAAACAGAGGGAACUGGUUUGGGAAACCUUGCUCAGGCAACUGUGACUGGUCUUCCUGAUAACACUGUGGGUCCAGCAGACGUCCCACAAAUCCCGAAAGCCGGGAAAGUUCUUCCGCCAAACACCAACCCCAGCCAGGACUUUGCAAAAGAGGGGCUACUGAGGAUCCACCUGCUGGAGGCACAGAGUCUGGUUGCCAAGGACAACCUGAUGGGGGGCAUGGUGAAGGGCAAGAGUGACCCCUAUGUGAAGAUCAAGAUAGGGGAUGUUGCAUUCAAGAGUCAUGUUAUCAAGGAGAAUCUCAACCCAACGUGGAAUGAGAUGUAUGAGGUUGUUCUGGAGGGAAACAGUUUCCAGGAGAUCAAGUUUGAAGCAUUCGAUAAAGAUUUCGAUUCUGAUGACUUCCUUGGCAGGUUCAGUGUCAAACUUAAUGAGGUCAUGCGAUCCCAGUACACGGACAAGUGGUUCACUCUGAAUGAUGUGAAAUCUGGUCGGGUUCACUUGAUACUGGAAUGGGUUCCUGCUGUGGCAAAUCCAGACAGACUGGACCAGGUACUGCAGCUUCAAUCUCUCCAGACUUAUCAGAACAAAGCUGUCCCCACUGCCGCUCUGCUCUUUGUCCACAUGGAGAGUGCUCAUUCACUACCUUUGAAAAAGAGUGGAAAAGAGCCAAAAGCAGGAGCGGAGCUUAUUCUCGGAGAAACAACCUACAAAACGAAUCUGUGUGACCGCAGUACCAGCCCUCAGUGGAAUGAGUCUUUCUACUUCCUGGUUCAUGAUCCAAAACGUCAGAUGCUUGUAGUUAAGUUGUCCAGUGGUUGGGACCAGCCAAUGGGAUCGCUGGUUGUGCCUGUCAAGGAGCUGCUUGGAGAGCCACAGCUGGUUCUGGAUCAGUGGUUCUAUCUGGAUGGAGCUUUACCUGAGAGUCAGAUCCUGCUGAGGGCUGAACUCAAGGUUCUUGAAUCCAAAAUGGUGGAUAUGAUCAGUGAAGGGACUCUGCCCUGCUCUGCCUUAAGAUCAUUAUCUGGAAACGGGCAGGUGAAGCUGUCUCUGUCAUACGCCUUGCAGGAGAGAAAGCUCAGCGUCAUCGUUCAUGGCUGCAGGGGUCUGACAUCUCAAAGUAAGGAGGGGGUAGACAGCUAUGUCUCCCUCAUGCUGCUGCCCGACAGAAACAAAGCCAGCAAGAGGAAGACAGCAGUGAAGAAAAGAGAUCUCAACCCAGAAUAUAACGAAAGGUUUGAGUAUGAUCUCCCUGUGGAUGAGACGAGAUUCAGACGCCUCAGUGUAUCGGUGAAGAAUAACUCCGCCUCCUUUAGGAGUCGUGACGUCAUUGGACAGGUGCAGGUUGAGUUGGCCCAGAUGGACCUGACUUCUGGUGUUACAGAAUGGUUCAAUCUAAAAGAUGAAGAUGAAUAAUCGUUUUGCUCCCUGAUCUCAAAGUAAAAUGUCGAUGAUGAUGAUGAUGAUGUCGUCCCUCUGCUCAAUAAUGUUCCACUGCUGCAGCUCACACAGAUGCCUUCUCCUUCCCUCCUCUGCAUACACAACCACUGUGACAGCCUUACCUGCAUCCACCCAGAUCUCUGUAUUAGUACACAGUAUAGUGCGGAAAUCACUGCACUGUAUAUUCACACACGUCAGUACUCUCACCAAAGAUACAGUCAGUAUGCUGAAGUAGCUUCAUCAUAAGAGAAAAGUGCAAAUUCUCAUAAAUUUAAGAUCACUUUAUAUGAAGACAUGAUGAUUUUAAAAUUGGGUUCAGUAAGUGAAAGAUGGAAAGGUCAAGAAAGAACAAUGACUUAUUUUGUGGCUUUGUUUGCUGUAUUUUUUAUUAUUUUUUGCUGCAUGAAUGUUUUUAAUGUCUGCAUAUCUUGUUUGAAGUGCUGUAACAUUCUUAGUGUUUUUAUGUAUUGAUCAUGAUUGAUCAUGAAAGCUAAUGCCAUAUCAGUAUUUUGUUUACAUUUGGAGUUAUUUUAUUUUCACCGCACUUUGCUUUGUUUGUUUGAGAAUUAUUUUAAAGGUGAACUUUUAUUAUGUUUCUUUUAUACGAGGCAUGUAUAAGUUAUGCCUUUGUCAAAGAUAGAUUUUUUUUUUUUCUUGUUUGAUUGUGUGUAUAUUAUGGAUCCAAUCAAAUAUGGUUGUUGAAAGAUGAUGACAAAAAUAAACAGAUUUUGCACAGCUCA